AAAGUUUUCAUCGAUUCCUCCUAUUUUUCCAACCCCCGCCAGCUAUUCUUUUGCUCGUUCCACCUUCUUUUUCUUUCUUCUUUCAUCUUUCACACCAAGCAAAGAUGUCAGACCCAAAAGCCGUCAUCAAGAGCGCCGAUAUGAGCGAAGAGAUGCAGCAAGAGGCUAUUGAAUGUAGCACUCAAGCCUUGGAAAAGUACAACAUUGAAAAAGAUAUUGCUGCACACAUUAAACGCGAAUUCGACAAGAAGUAUGGUCCUACCUGGCACUGCGUUGUGGGUCGUAACUUUGGCAGCUUUGUAACGCACGAAUCGAAGCAUUUUAUUUACUUUUAUCACGGUCAAAUCGCGAUUCUUCUUUUCAAGUCCGCAUAAAUAGGAUGCCUCUCCACUCCCUUCUAUUAUAACCGACACCAAUAAAAAAGAGAAAUACAGCAUAGCCAUCACAACAAUACGACAGUAAACCAUGGAAAAAAGAUAUGCAUGAAAAAAAAGCAGAGAAGAGCAAAAGGAAAUGCCAAAGUAAAAAGAAUGAAAAAGAAAUGAACAUAUAAAAAAAAAAAGCAGGAAAAGGCUCACAAUCACAAACUGGUGAUUUACGAGUGACUAGAAAAGCUCCAAAGUUAUCCGCUG